GAGCAGAACCAGAGACUGGGGGGGUCAGACCCGUUGACUUCACAUGGACGGACAGACUCUCUGCAGCAGAACCAGGCCCUGUGGGGGAGCUGAUCUCCAGCUGCACCAGGAGGCCCAGAUGUCCACAAGCUGCAGGAGGAGAACCAGGGAGGAGGAGCAGGAGGUGAAGAAGAGGAGGAGAGACAAAGACGGGAAGGAGAACAGAAACCCUGAAGAGGAUCUGCCUCAGAGCAGAACCACUCGGCACAAAGACCAGACUAGGCUUUCACAGUCCAGAACUAGAGCCAGGACCACAGCCUGUUCCGCAUCUAGGUCUGGCCCCAUGUCCAGAGUUCAAGUCCAGGUCUGCAGACAGGAAAUCAAAACUGCAAGGAUCAGGAAGACCAGGAGUCCGAACCCUGUUCAGAUCCAAGGGUGUGGAGCUAUGACCUCCGCAGACCAGGCUGACCCAGGACCCAGUGACAUACAGACCAGAACCACCUAUGAGGUCAGGUCCAGAUCCACCAUGAAUCUGUCCACAGAGGCCAGCAGGAGUUCAAGCAGGGUUCCAUGUCCAGAACCUAGCAAAACCGAAUCCGGGCUGCAGAGAACCAGGACCAAGUCUGCGGUCAAAAUGAAAAUGAGGAAGAGGAGGAAGAUUCACCCAUCUGCAUUCAGAGGGAGAGGUCAGCUGCGGCUGUCAAUCACCGUGGAGGCGGGGCAGCUCGUCAUUCACAUCCACGAGGCCCGGGGGCUGAUGGGAAAGUCCCGCAGGUCGUGUGACUCAUACGUAAAGGUGACCUCUGACCUGGACCACAGCAUCAGGAGAAAAACACGGGCGGUUCUGGACCGAAAGAACCCGAAAUACGAGGAGAACUUCUCACUGUGCAUCACGGAGCGCCACCUCCUGAGCAGGCUGUUGGUGUCAGUGUUCAGACGACCCCCUGACUCCAGGUGCAGCCAGCUGAUUGGAUGCAUGAGCUUCGGGAUUGGCUCUCUUGUCACAUCGUCACAGCAGCUCACUGGUUGGUUCUACCUGCUGGCAGAGGAGUAUGGGCGGAGCAAACACCUGCGAGUGACAUCACAGAGAAGCAGACCAAUAAAGAGCCUCGAGGGAGAGUCGGAUCAGAAGGAGGAGGAGUUAGGAGAUCUGACACUCGCUCACAGCAGAAGAAGAAGAUCAGAGGGCGGCGCCCGUCAGACGGGAUGUCUCAAAGGUUCUGGUACCGCCUCAGGACCGCAGAGUACUCCGGGUCCAGGACUCAGAUUCUUUUCUGACCUCAGAAAGACCCCGGACUUGGCUCCAGAUACUGACAAGAACAGCACCAACACCAUAACUAACCAGUCCAAGUGCCCGACUUCUGCCGUGACUGGACCCAAAGACCUGGUCCGGCCCAACGUGAUGUCCUGCCGGCCUCUCAGCCUCGACUCGGCCAACGCCAACGUGAGCGGCUCCGUGUCCACGCUGUUCGGCACCACGAAGCAUCUGCCGGUCUCCAUCAGUCGUGGAAAAGAUGGUUUUGGAUUCACGAUCUGCUCCGACGGUCCAGUCAGAGUCCAAGCUGUGGAUCCUGGCGGUCCGGCUCAUCAGUCCGGACUCCGUCAAGGAGACUCGGUCCUGCAGCUCAAUGGGUUCCCUGUAGAAACCUGGAAAUGUGUGGACCUGGCCCAAGCCAUCAGGAGCUGUCCCUCACACAUCGCCAUGGUGGUGUGGAGAGGUUUACCUGAAGUCAGCUCUGGGUGUGAAACUUUGCUCCGCCCACCAGCUCACAGCACCGUAACUGGCAACAAAUUGCUGUCCCACCCCUCCCACAGCAAACAUGGCCACCGGCGGGGUCAGAACUUUGGAGUCCGGUCCAGUCUGGGGGCUCUGGGUUCUCUGUGGAGGGACAGGAAGGAGGAGGAGGAGGGUGAAGAGGAAGAUCAGGAAGUGUUCUCAUCAAACACUGCCACGCUUAAAGGCACUCGUGUGACAUCAUCAAACGGAGACAAUUACAUCAUCCUGUCACCUGUCAGUCCAGGAGGACAGCUCCUUCGUCCGGUUUACCCAGACAGAAACGGAUCAGUCGGUCGUCUGUACCAGACUCACCCCCGCAGAGGUCAGAACCUCCUUCACAAUCCUCAACCCAGGAAAUCACAGCGACCGUCGGCCAGUCGUACCUCCACCCUGCCUCCCACCCAUCCCAGAACCGCAGCAUCCGCCCUGCACGGUAACCAUGGCAACUACCAGAACUGCACCAUCGUUCAGUCCCACCUGCCCAGCUCCGGAUAUGAAAACUACGUGACUCUGGCGCCUAAGACUCUCGUCUUCCCCAUCUUUGUCCAGCCUCUGGACCUCUGCAGCCCGGACAGAACCCUGCUCAUGUCAGAAGAACUGAUCCUGCAUCAGGCCGAUCUGCUGCCAGCCAAGGUCACAGUGUUGAUUUACAGUGAUCUGCUGCUGUUUACCAGAGAGGAUGAAGCCGGGCGCUGUAAUGUCCUACAGAGUCCACUGUACCUGAACACAGUCCAGCUCAGAGAAGUGUCAUCACAGCCGCUCCACAUCUACUUCCUGCAGAGCUCUCAGAGCUGCUGGCGCUGUCUCUUCAGUUUGGAGGCUUUCAGUAUUGAGCAGAAGGUUCGGGUCAGCCUCUGUCUUCAUGACAAUAUCCAACUUCAGCUGGUCUCCACAGAGAUCGGCCGCAGCCAGCAGCUCUCAGACCUCCCCUCAGAUUUUGGCCUCCUCUCUCUUGGACAGUCUGACCUCCUUUAUCAUCCAUCUUCUCCUUACGCCACCCUUUGUGACCCCCAAAGACCUACCGCCCCCUCUCCUUGCUCCUGUGUAUCCCUCCUAUCUGCUUCGACCACUCCUCCUCUACCUCCUCUCUCCUGUGCAUCUGUGUUCAUCUCCUCCUCACCUACCUCCAGGACCAUCUCCUCUCCUCCUCCAUACAUCUGCCCACCUCGUUCAUCCACCUGCUCCACUCUGAGGAGUCCUGUCUGGAAAGAGAGAGGGGAAACCGAAGAAGAAGGAAGAAUGAAGAGGAGAUGGGAAGAGGAGGUCGAGGAGCGGCAGCAGGGGGAGGGGGAGAGCACCUCUGAAACUUCAGACAGUGUGGGAGGUGUCGCUGGGCAGGGCCUCCUGAGCAGCCCCCACCUCUUCGACCUAAAGAAUGAGUAUGAAGAAGAGGAGGAGCGCGAUGAGGAGGAGGAAGGCAGUGAUGAGGAGUUCACCUCCAGACCUGCAGUUCUGCGCCGCUCCCUCUCUGAGGGCUCUUUGCUGCAGGAACCACGAUCUCCACGCUUCCUGUCUGACAGUACCAUUCACCGCUUGACUCGCACAGCGACCUUUGACCUCAGCCUUGCCUCAAGCCCCACCCCAAGUCCUCCCUCCCCUCAGACUCUAAGGAAACACCUGACCAAGGAGGGGGUGUCUCUGCAACACAUGCUGCUUCUGCUCAACGGCACCAAGGGUGAAGAGUACAGAGACCAUCGGCUAAAGAGGAAGAAGUCCAAGAGUUUGAUCGCUGACGUUCGUAGCCGCUUGGCAUUUCUCCGGAGACAGAAAAACUGUGCCGGUUUCCCUGGAAACAGUUUGGAGAAAGCUCUAAGAAACAACAGACCAUCUUUAGGAGAAGUUCUGAGGUGGGCCGAGAGUCUGGAGGCUCUGCUGACCAAUCAGUAUGGUGUGGCAGUGUUUCGUCACUUCCUGAGGUCAGAGUUCAGCGAAGAGAACCUGGACUUCUGGUUGGCUGUAGAGACAUUUAAGAGUACACGCCCCUUUAGUAAGAUGGCUGCUAAAGCUGAAAAAAUCUUCAAUGAGUUUAUUUCCUCCAACGCAGUGAGACAGGUCAACGUGGACUCAUUUGUCAGGGAGUCGACCAAUCAAAGUCUGCGUUUUGAGGUUAACCCCGCCUCCUUCCAGCUGGCUCAAGAUCAAAUUUUUACCCUUAUGGAGACAGACAGUUACCCACGAUUCCUCAGGUCCCGCCUCUACGCUCAACUGGCCAAUCCAAAACUAGAGACGACCUCAGCGCCGUCCAAUCAGGGGAGGUCAGUCAGCCAAUCAUGAGAAGGGAUGAAGAAAAGAAUGAGGUUAACCAAUCAGAACGAGUCCCUGACUGACAGGAUGUCUUUUCAGAGAACAGCCGGCCAAUUAAAGGGACGUUUCACCAGCUGCAUUAUGGGAAAUGUAGGAUGUGCUCACAUUUAGCCUCCAGUGUUUAAGUGCAUAUGUUUUCAGACACCUGAAACAUUUUUUUUUGAUUAGUAACCAAUUCAUAUCAUCAAUUUUUCCCACUGAUCCAAUAUGUGCUCUCUAAUAAACUUUAGUUUAAGACGUGCCAGAUUUAAUGAAGCGUGACCAGUUUGUGUGGAGUCCACACAGAAUCAGACGUGGAUGUUUCUGUCUGACGUCCACCUGAUCGAUGUUUGUAACUGGAAAUGUUUGUACGGCUGAAAAUAUGUUGAACGCUUUGAUUCCUGGCGGUCUCGGUGGAUUUUAUCUUCGUCAGUCAAGUCAAAGCUUUAACCUCAGAUGGAGAAAAACAAUAAAUCCCCCAAAGAAGAAGAAGUUUUAUCGCAGAUUCAUCCAGAGGAACCAGCAGACCGGAAGCUGUGACGCUCGAGCAUUUCAUUAAUUUUAUAACUUUUUAACAAACUAACUGAAGUUAUUAACGUGUUGUUGGAGUCACGGCCGUCAUUCCUUUAACUAAAGGUCACUGAACACCUGUUGCUCACCUGUUCAACCAACAGGCGAGACUGUUUUACAAUAAAACAUGUCAUUGUUGGA